AUGGAUCACUUAACAGUCAUUAAAGAGUUUGAGAUAUUGAAGCCAAUUAUGGACAACCCGUCGCUCAAGAACUCAAUAAGACUUUUAUGUGUGUUUGGGAUCAAAGGAUCUGAAGUGAUAUUCGCCACAAAAGAGGACAAAGUUUAUGGUUUUGGAAACAACAGGUACGGCCUGUUGGGGGUUGGGGUCAACGGGAAGGUAUCGGAUCCGAUGGUUAACCACACGCUUACCGGCAAAAGACUGACUGAUCUGUCGUAUGGAUACUCCUUCUGUAUGGCACUGACCAGAGAGGGACAGGUCUUCGGGUGGGGAGAGAAUACUUACGGACAGUUGGGUUGCGGAUCAACCCUCGACUCCAAUACACCGAAACUGAUCCAUGGGUUGAGUGACAAGAAAGUGAGGGACAUAUCGUGUGGUAACAGUCAUACACUUGUGCUGACCCGUGAGGGACGGGUGUAUGGGUUCGGUCGCAACGGUUUGGGACAAUUGGGGGACAAUAGUCUCGUUGACCGCUCGACACCAGUGGCCAUACAUUUACCACAAGAACUAACGUUUGUGUCCGUCUGUUGCGGUAAAAACCAUUCGUUAGCCCUCACAGACACCGGACGGGUAUAUAUGUGGGGGUAUAGCGGGUUCGGACAGUUGGGUCGACCCAUGGAUGUGAAUAUAAGUGGAAGUGUUAAGCCUUUUGUCAAUAAACCGGAACAACUAAUUAGUUUGAAUGAUGUGAUGAUAACCAAAGCCCAGUGCGGACCCAAUAACACACUCCUACUGUCCAGUGAAGGACACAUAUAUUCAUUCGGCGCCAGUAUGUGUGGACAGGUGGGCAACGGGUCCCGAAACCCUCAGAGAACACCCGUCCGUAUUGGAGGAGACGUUCAAUUCAAAGACAUUAUCACUGAAUACACGUUUGGUAUUGGAAUCGCUAUAUCUAUUGAUAAUGAGUAUUACCUCUGGGGUUACCAAUCUUCUCAAAAUUGUGUCCGCAUUAGUGACGACAUGACAGACGAAGACUUAAUUCCUUUGAUUGAGUUCUCAAAGCAUUUGUCGAAAGCUUUUAACUAUCAAUCGGAUUAUGAUUUGGUGUUUAGGUUUACCGAUAAAUCUAUUUAUUGCCACAAAUUUAUACUUAAAAUCCGAAACAAAGAGUUUUACGAGAAAUGUAUGGAUCAGUUGAUGAAGAAUGUCGAUACUUACCACCAAUCGUCUCAUGAGAUUUAUAUCAAACGCUAUUCUUAUGAGAGUUUUUAUGCAUUCAUAGGAUUCUUAUACGGAAUUAAUCCAGAAAUCAAUGUUAAUAACAGAAGUGAUGUCUCAAAGUUAGCCACAAUUUAUGACGAACCCAUUCUUCAGGAGAUGUGUGGACAGGGAUUGAGUGAAGAAGUGGUGAUAGAGUUGUCUAAUGUCUGCAAUCUUUACGAGAAGGCAGUGAAUGAAGGUUUGGAUGAUUUGGAGAAGAGUUGCGUUGAAUUCGCAAAAAAGCAUUUUCAAGACAUUUGUAAAUCGGAUUCAUUUGACGCAAUGUCUGAACAGAUGUCCAAACGAUUAAUGCGAUCACUAUUUACUGCAAAUGAUUUGUAA